AGUUCCGCAUUCAGCAAACUUCAAGCUGUCAGGUUUUACCAAGACUUAAAAGAAGUGCACUGGAGUAGCAAAAAUGUACAUAGCGUAAUCUAAUCAACAUCUAGACAACAACUGUUCUCCAGAUUUUAUGAACGAAUCAUUUGCUGAAAGCAUCAUCUUCACUUUAUUAGUGAACUAUAUGCUAACCUGCUUAUAGGCAUCGUCUAUGAAGUCCAUCCACCAUCAUGAAAUCCAUUCUCACUACAUGUGCACUAUUUCUGGUUCUUCCAUGGACACUAACUGGUGAGACAACCCUUAAGCCAAAAAGCACCUGGCAGCAUACAGUUGCUUUUAAAGAUCAUCAAACAACCAAAAGUGACGGGGAACCAACCAAUUUCUCUCCAACAAACAUACAUUCUUUGCAACCAAAUAAUGAAAUAACCAACAGCACCAUGCUGCAAGAAGGUAUCUCUACAGAUCGCAAGACAACCAAAAGUGAUGGGGAACCAACCAAUUUCUCUCCAACAAACAUACAUUCUUUGCAACCAAAUAAUGAAAUAACCAACAGCACCAUGCUUCAAGAGGGUCUCUCUACAGAUCGCAAGACAACCAAAAGUGAUGGGGAACCAACCAAUUUCUCUCCAACAAACAUACAUUCUUUGCAACCAAAUAAUGAAAUAACCAACAGCACCAUGCUUCAAGAGGGUAUCUCUACAGAUCGCAAGACAACCAAAAGUGAUGGGGAACCAACCAAUUUCUCUCCAACAAACAUACAUUCUUUGCAACCAAAUAAUGAAAUAACCAACAGCACCAUGCUGCAAGAAGGUAUCUCUACAGAUCGCAAGACAACCAAAAGUGAUGGGGAACCAACCAAUUUCUCUCCAAAAAGCAUGGAACUUACUUUAAAACCAAAUGGUGAAACAACUCACAAACCAAAGAGUACUAGUUUGCAUAAAGGUACCUACAAAGAUCAUGAACACACAACAAGGGGCAGUGAGGAGUACACCACUGAAGAAAAAGAAAAUGUCUUAUCUUCAAAAUCACCCCCACAAACUUCAGUGCACCAAGAAACUCCUGCAAUGACUAACUCUACAGGUGAAAGUAGAUCCUCUUUACAUCUGUCCCCCUUACCUUUCUUGGAAGAAUUUACUCAAAAAAAGACAAUUACAACACAGCCUCAGGAUAUGUCGGAAGAGGUCAUUAUCACCAGAGACAACCAAUUUCAAACCAAAGACGAUCAUUUUAAAUCCACCAAUAAAGGUCUUGAUAGAUACACUCAAGGAAACAGAGCUACUAGAUCUUCAGACAAAGAAUUCUUCACGCCACAGACUGAUAAGUCUACUCCUUUCCAAAAACCUCCAGAGGUUAUCACAACAGAAACACUGACUACUGAAUGGUCUUCACUUCACCAAGAAAAAGAAAUUACUCAAACUCCAGUGCUAAAUAUCACUGACUCAAAUGAAAUUUUGAACAUUAGCAAUCAAGAAAGAAAUGACACAUCCACCUACCCCCUCAACACAUCGACUACCGCUGGUUUUUCCACUGGUCUUGGACCAACUGUUAAAACAGAGGUUGCUAGAUGGGAUACUACUGAUACCUCAGUUACAAAUGCAACAUAUGAAAUGACCACAAAUGGCAAGAUUAGUGAGAGAAAACCCUACCCCAAGCCUAGCAGUGAAACCACCGCCACAACUCAUAUAGAGAACACCAAAACUAUUAAACCAAAACCCGCCAAAGACAAUAAUAAUAAAAAUCACCCAGGAUUCAUAGUAGCCUCCCUGAUUGGUAGUAUCCUGUUUCUUAUGUUUAUAGCAUUUGUGGUGGUUUUGGUAAGAAAUCGUCAAAUGAAGAAAAAGAAGAUGGAGAACACUGACUGGGCUGGACCUUCACCAUUCAUAGAUGGUGAUAACCUACCAAACAUCAAUGAGGAUGGAGCAUUCCACCGCCGGGAGUCCAAAAGAAUUUCCCUCAACUCUUUCCUUCCCCAACGGCUUUCCAAGCGAUUCUCCAUGUUAAGCCCGACGGAUGAGGAGGUCCCCCUUGAGGACAUUCAAGUAAGCAGUACGUUUGGACAACAAAAUGUCCAAUCACUAAAUGAAAAAGCAACACCAAACCAAACUCGGACACAUGAUGCAAACAAUUCCCCUACUGAAAUCUCUUCAGACUCCAAGAUUCCCGAGUCUGUAAGCAUUCCUCCAGCUCCUGAAAACAAGGAAAAUAUCCAGACAGCACCUAAACCUGAUGAGAUCAUUCCGUCUACACCUGCAGAGAAAAAAAGCAUCACUCCAACACCAUUUGAAGACGUGGAUCUUAAUGGUUCUUUAAACAAGAAUAUUGAAUCCGCAUUACCAUCAGAUGCUAUACACGUCCCUUUUCCACCACCACUACCAUCAUCUUAGAAACGGCAAGCAUUUUGUAUGCUGUUUAAAAAUGCCUUUUAAAAAGAAGCAGCUUGCUCAAUUAAUACCCCAAAAAAGAAGGGAGUCUCUUCAUGGCAAAUCUACUGGUUUCAGUUAAAUUCAUUUUUGGAUUUUGGUAGAUCAAAUGUGAAAACCCCGGAAAUAAAAGAAAUGUGUGAUUUGUGGUAACAUUUAAUAAAUAGCACUGGAGCACAAAUACUUCCUUUCAAACUGCACAUAGAGACUGUUUAGAAUGUGAUUUGCUCCCAACUCAUUCUGAUUUUAGCUGCAGCUUCAGCUAGCAACUUACAGCAUUGUUGAGACCAUUUUUAAAAACAAAAUCAACAUGUCUUUUUUUUCCCUUUAAAUGGUCUCUUGAACAGUUCCUGAAUUUAAUCUUACAAAAAGAAUGAAACUGAAUGCACUCUCAUGUAUGCACUUGAUAGCCUGUGGUGGGUCAGUGGUUAACAUUUGGUAUCCUGAGCAGUAUGCUGAGUUCCAAUACUGUCAAGAAAGGAUAUGCAAUGAAAAGUAUUUAAAUGCCCUGUGCUUGUAUAUGUGAUAAAGUUUAUUUCUUUCUUGCUAUGCAAAGGACAAUCUAACCUAAAAUGUCACUUGUGUUGCUCAUUGUAAAAAAAAACAUUUAUUGUUGAGACAGGUGUAAAUGGUAUUGAAAGGUAAAAGGCAUUUAAGUCAUUUGUGUGAAACCUUAUGUAAACCAGCAUCAUCAAUGACAAAAAACCUCAAGUACCCCAGCCUUGUUUAAAGUCCAAUAUACAUCUUUUAGACAAAUCCACUCACGUACGCGUGCACAUUAUAUAUAUAUAUAAAAAUAAAAGCUAAUACAGUAAACAACUUUCUAUAAGUAAAAAACUAUAUUUAAAAAAGUGUUCUUCCAUUAUGUUACUGUAAAUAUUUGGUAGCAACCUGUUACAAAUUUGUUUAGAUUAAUAUUCACAAAACUAGUUUAUGUUGCUUUGCAAGAUGUCACACAUCUGCUGCUAUUUUGUCCACUGCUAUUUGAACACACAGUUUCUUCACUUGAAAUGCAAAACGGGAAACCAUUCAGAAGCUGUGAGAAUGUACUGUUGUGGUAAGGCUUUAAUGAAAUGGAGUUUCUUGCAAGUAUGGAGCUGCUGAUGUCUUAUAUCUUCCCAAAUUGUGAUUAUAUAUACUACAAUAUGCAGACUUUCAUAAAUAAAGAUCAGUACGAAUGCUUGUCAAUAA